ACUCCUCUACAUCCGUGACGGGGGGUUGCUGCAGCUAAGCUAGCAGAUUAGCUCACGGGAGCUUUGGGAGUUCUCACAUUUCACUGACGGUAGCGGGUCAUAAAAUCAAGGUGCGAUAAUGACGACUUUGGACGACAGGAUUCUGGGGGAGAAGCUGCAGUACUACUGCAGCAGCAGCGAGGACGAAGGCAGCGAAAACGAGGAUGAGGAGGGAGAGAAAAAAACCAUCCGUGAAGCUAACGUGGAGGAGCCGGAGAUCGACUACAGCCCUGAUGGAAGUGCUGUCAACACAGGACCAAAGGGGGUCAUCAAUGACUGGAGGAAGUACAAGCAGCUUGAGGUGGAGCAGAAACAGGAGCAGAAGAAAGAGAUGGAGAGGCUGAUCAAGAAACUGUCCAUGACCUGCCGCUCCGACCUCGACCAGGAGAAAGACAAACUGAAAGAGAAGGAGCUGCAGGACAAGAUCAAAGGCAAAAUGACCGUGCAGGAGUACAACAUGCUGCAGGAAGGACAGGAUGACGAAGACUUUCUCCAGCAUUACCGCAUGCAGCGCAUCGAGGAGAUGCGGCGCCAGCUCUGCCACGGCAAGCGCUUCGCUCAGGUCUACGAGCUGAGCUGUGGAGAGGAAUUCCUGGAGGCUCUGGACAAGGAGGACAAGAGCAUCCUGGUGGUGAUCCACAUCUAUGAGCCCGAGGUGCCAGGCUGCGAGGCCAUGAGGGGCAGCCUCAUGUGCCUGGCUCAGGAGUACCCGCUGGUGAAGUUCUGCAGCGUGCGCAGCUCAGCCAUCAGCACCAGCGCUCUGUUCAGAGACAGCGCUCUGCCCGCCCUGCUCGUCUACAAAGCAGGGGAGCUGAUCGGGAACUUUGUGCGGGUCACGGAUCAGCUGGGGGAGGACUUCUUUGCCGUGGACCUGGAGGCCCUGCUGCAGGAGUACGGCCUUCUGCCCGACAAGCUGCCCAACAUCCAGAAGAUCAUCCGCAACGGAGCCAUCUUUCAGACCAUCGUUAGCGACGAGGACUCGGACCUGGAUAUAGACUAGACCCGUAGUGGCUAACAUGCACGAUCUGCUUGAGAAACAUGCGCUCAGUCUGCAUGGACUAUAGAUAAUAUAAUGUAUGUGGACCCCUGUAGUGAUGACGGACCGAGCCAGGACUACCCUGUUACAACUCGCACAGCAACACAACAGAAGCAUUUAAAAGUAAGCGCACAGAAAACUAUGUCUGCCACCAAGGAUUCUUUCACUUUUGACUAAUCUGCUGAUAAUCAUUUCAAAUAAUCCAUAGAUCUAUAAAAUGGUAGAACAUAGAGAACAUGCCCUUUUCACACACACAGGUUUAUUUAAAUGUCUCCCUUUGUCAGGUAAACCCACAUAAAUUCACUUAAAUAUGAUAUAAAAAAAACAUAGAAAAGCAGGAAAUCUCCAUAUUUGAGAGGCUGAAAGCGGCAUUUUCUACAAUUUUGGCAUGAAUUGAACUAUAUAUUAUCAAAAUAGUUGGAGAUAUAUUUUCAGUUUUAUGCUGCAGCUUUACACAGAAUAUCAGUGACCACUCCAUGGUAACCAUCAGUUAUAAUGAAUAAGAGCAGAUCCUAGCCAUUGUUAGUAUCUAGGAAUGAUGAUCCAUGCUGAGAAUGAUGUGGAAGUCAAUGUUUUGUUUGUGCUGUGAAUGUCAACUAUUUAUUCAUUGUGGUGUAACACAUUCCCUGUUUUCCUUCAUGUGCAUCUUCAGUAUAAUAAAUGUGUCACUCUGUAGAAUACAAACCCUGCAGCACCAACUGACUUUUGUUAAUUUUAUAACUUUUAUAUGUGCUGAUCAUUUCAAGUAGUGCGAAGAAUAAACAUGUUUGGACCCAC